CUCUGCAUAUUCCGACUCUAGAUUAUAAGAUAUCUUCGACUACUCUUCUCUUCGUAUCUGCUCUCUCUUAAAGCAGUUUACAAUUUACACCACGGCGCUGGAUGAAAAUGGCGGGGUUGACUGAGGAAUCAAAAGAAGCCGUGACGAUUAUCGACGAAUCUUAUGAGUUCUCUGCGCCGCACUUCUUCGAUUUCGUCAAGGGAGAAUCUGAGGAAGAUAUGCACAAAGCGGAGCUCUGGUUCGAGACAGCCCUAAGUUACGCCCCUUCUCCUUUUAUGCCUAGAAUCAAGACUGGUAGGUCCUUUAAGUUGGAGAGCGUGUGCAAUUUCAGUGAAGCAGCAGACCAAAUGCAGAAGACUGCGGAAUCAUCAGAUUCAACAUCCUCUAACUGUUCCCCGGAAAUUGAGCCCAAACCCGAGCUUGCAACUAGUGAAAUCGAAGUGGAACUGAUUCCCCAUGAGGAAAAGGAAGAAGAAAGCAAGAACCUAGCGGAUAUGAUUCGUGCUGAUAAAGACAUAUCUGAAAAGACUGAGGAGACUCCGUGUACUCGAGAAAAUGAAAGCAUUUCGGUGAAGAAAGCUUCUCUGUCUGUGGAAACUGAAUUUGAUAAUAAAGAAAACAUCAACCCUGUUGGGAGUGUUGGGACCGAGGAUUGCACUCCUAAACCACUAAUGCCAUCUAGAAGAGGAAAACAAGUGACUGAUUCAAAGCAGCAUCAUACUACUACAAAGAUCGCUAGCAUGUUAAGGAACCCGUCAGCAAAGAAGCAAACUAACCCGUUACAGUUAUCACACACCAGAGGCAUCAAACCAGCUAACGUGAAAAGGGAUAUAAGUGUGAAAAAUACUACGGGAACACCCAGUGUAGCUCAAGAAAACCAAGCCAUUAAGCGGCAGAAGCUAGAAGGAGGAAAAUCUAGACAGAUCCUUAACGUGAAACCCCAUAAUUUUCCCCACAAGACAAAAUCGGGUCUUAUAAGUAGCAGUUCCAACUUGUGUCCUUCAACUGCUCAUAAAACCGAGAAAGAGAACAGAAAGGUUUAUGUUCGAGAAAAUGCAGCACCAGUAGUACCAUUUGUUUCGACAGCUGAAAUGAUUAAGAAAUUUCAGUCAAGUACCAGAGAUUUAUCCCUGCCAUUAACCAAUACUUCUAUUUCACAUAACAAGCCCAGACUAACAUUGACAAGGCCCAAGGAACCGGAACUUGAGACAUCUCAGCGAAUCCGCUCAGUAAGAGUAAAGAGUAGUGCAGAGCUAGAGGAAGAGAUGAUGGCUAAGAUCCCAAAAUUCAAAGCUCGACCACUAAACAAGAAGAUUCUGGAAGCUCCAACUUUACCUGCAUUACAGAGAAGUGCACCCCAGCCUCCAGAAUUUCAGGAAUUUCAUUUUGAGACGAUGGCAAGAGCAAAUCAGAAUGCGGAAACAUCUUCUGUAGCUUCAACAGAAGUCUCUCGGCAGAACAAUCAAUGGAGGCCUCAUCUUACUGAACCUAAAACCCCUACGCUUCAAACAUCAUUGAGGGCUCGUCCACCCAAGGUCAAGAGCUCUUUAGAACUUGAGCACGAAGAACUUGAGAAAAUCCCCAAAUUUAAGGCAAGACCUUUGAAUAAAAAGAUAUUUGAAAGUAAAGGAGAGCUAGGGGUCUUCUGUAAUGAAAAGAAAGAAGUAACCAAGCCUCAAGAGUUCCAUUUCGCAACAAAUGAGAGAAUUCCAUUACCCGCUGCUGUUGUUGAUUUGUUUGACAAGCUUUCUUUGAACUCAGAGCCCCAUCAUGACAAUCCCCUACCACCCAGGAACACCAGGCCGAAUCCAUUCCAUCUCCAUACAGAAGAAAGAGGGGCUGAAAAGGAGAAGAAAUUUGUGAUGGAAGUAAUACAGAAGAAGUGGGAGGAAGAAAGAGCCAGGAUUCCUAAGGCAAACCCAUAUCCUUACACUACCGAUUUUCCCUUGAUUCCUCCAAGGCCAGAACCCAAGCAAUACACAAAACCAGAACCUUUCCAAUUGGAGAGCCUUGUGAGGCACGAGGAAGAAAUGCAAAGGGAAAUGGAAGAGAGGCUGAGGAUUGAGAAAGAAGAAGCCAAGAGGAGAACAUUCAAAGCACAACCAAUCCUAAAAGAAGACCCAAUCCCGGUUCCAGAGAAAGUGCGCAAACCCCUAACUACCGUUCAGGAAUUCCAUCUCCAUGUAAAUCAUCGAGCUGUGGAUAGAGCGGAGUUCGAUCAAAGAGUGAAGGAGAAGGAGAUGAUGUAUAAGAGAUACAGAGAGGAGAGUGAGGCUGCAAGAAUGAUAGAGGAAGAGAAGGCAUUGAAACAGAUGAGAAGAACAAUGGUGCCCCAUGCAAGGCCUGUACCCAGCUUCGAUCAUCCUUUUUGUCCCCAAAAAUCAACAAGAGAAAUGACUAAACCAAAGUCACCAAAUUUGCGAGUGCUCCGACGAAAAAAAGAAAGGCGAAGAAUGGAGGCGACAUGUCCCGUUGCUGCAAUUUCAAGUCCCGCUACUAACAUGAGGUGAGAUGGGGCGCAGUGGGGACUGACUGUGACUGGGUUCAAGAACGCUUGAAUUGAAACCCCUGUAAAUGGACCAGAUAAACUUGGAUAUUCUUUUAUUCAACUAUAUGUGCUGUACUUUUUUCUUUUUUCUUAGUAAUUCAAUUUUUCAGUGGAUAUCAAAUGUAAAGUUCUGAGAAUAUAAAAAUGCAAAAUUGAA